CUGGCUUACGGCAGAAGGCAUUUAGCAAGUAGCAAAACACUCUGUUGCCAACCCGCGCCACCGAAUUUCAACUAACCAUUGUUCUAAGCGCAAUGUCAUCCCAACCAGCGCAGGGUACGACCGCGGGGCGCCGCACGCAAUCCUCGGAAGAGGUUCGGGCAGCGUACAACCAGCGCUUGGAUGAUCAAGUCACGAAGGCGCUGAACGCGUUUCGGGAUGUGGUCAGCUGUUGUGAGAUUCAAGACAAGGCUACCAAUGCGCGGACCGAUUUCCAGUCCCAGGUGGAAGUGGCGAACUUGGCAAAAGCGGCCGAUGAGCUUCUGCGUUUGGUUUCGGAGUUGAAAAUUGCCGUCAUUGUGCAGGAGUUUCUAGAAAGGAAUAGGGAAUGCAUGCUCAUGCGCAAUGUUUACGACCAAGAGACUCGCCACUCGUUGAAUGACAUGGGGGAGUUGCUCGGGAAUGUGUCAAACGCACUCUCCAAACUGGAGAAACACUAUUAUGCGUCGACUACCCGGUGGGUGAGCAACGUCCCGGAGUAGCCUUUGUACCUGGCUUGUAUUAUUAGUGGACGGCUGGCAUGUCGGGCAGUUUACGCGGGACGCGUACAUGGGAGAUAGGUCAGGCCGUGAAUCGUCGACGAGACCACAUGUUAUCAUAGCGAAUGCCAGAACGACAAUUCUGAGCAAAAUGAAUAUAGUGCGCCAUGAAUAGUGCCUCAGAACGAUCGAGAGUCCUUGCUCUUCCGCUUCUCACGAAGAAGAGAACAGGAGAUCGUUUCAUUUUGGUAGAUGGGGAUGUGGCACCCAAGUAGCUACGAACGGAUUGGAACGCUCCCCCUCGUCACGAGAGAAAGGGACACGAGGUGGUGGGUGUACAAAGCGGCACUGUGAUGAGCGAAAAAACGUAUUCCCCAUCACGAUGCCCUAGCGAGCCAGCUAUUCUACUGGUCCAGCUAUUGUUCACGUCGGUCCUCGGCAUAAGGAGGAUUGGGAGGGGAUUUAAAUAUGAUUGUGCCACACAAUGUCUGCCGUCUGAAAGAAUGAAGACCUUUCUUCAGGUCAACAGUUCAAGAAGGGGGUGUAAGAUGAGAGCCUCCAGGGCAUAAAGCCCGUUUUGUGGUAAGAAACCCGUACCACGCUCCAAGUCCUGAUGAUACGUACGGGCCGGGCGAACUAAGGGCUUUUUCGAACCGGGAGCAGCUUAAAGAAAUGAAGGGGCGUACCCUUGCACUAUAAGCCCGGAAGAUAUUGCUGCUGCAUAUCCUUAAUCACUUUGAACGGGAGCUAUUACUCUGAUGUGUCUGGGGCAGGCUAGCGGAUCGCUCACAGAUAGAUGUAGGGUGUGACAAUCUGCCAGGGAACGAGAUAGUAGCUCGCGUAGCAGACGCAUUUUAUUGAUCAGAAAGCCCCCCACCCUCAAGUUGUCUCUGCUAUUUAGAGUUCAGCGUCAUUCGCAUUGUUUAGUUCAGUACGUACAUCACUGAUGAGAAGUACGGAUUCACCAUGUGGCCGGAUGCACUGAAGCAAAACCUUCCAUGUCGGUUUUCGUGUCGGUUAUGCUAUUAGUGCCAAAGGCAAUACGGUCAGAAUGAGAGAACCGCUCUCGCGUUGUGAGAUACUGGCAUGCAUUUCAAAAUGUACUUUUAUUUCGUUUCCAAUCAUGGUUAUUUGACCGACACAACCAAACACACUCGUAGGCUGUAUACGGUAUCAACGCGCACUCCGUAUAUAGCUGAGGCCGCUGGCGACGCUUGCCGUAGAGCAACUUACCGUUUGCACCGGACUAAGAUACACAUGUGCGUACCUCUUGAGUUCAUUCCUGACCUCGUCAAAGUGCGCGUCAUCCUGAUUGAAACGGUUCCGCCGUCCUGGUUCUUUGUCAAUUGCAUCGCGGUGUUUCACCACUAGUCUUCUUCACGUAAGGGCCAGCCACAGAAAGAUGGGCAUCGAAAAACUUUUCAACAAGUGCCCUGUGCUCCCUGCUGAACCUACUAUAAGCAUUGCAAGAUAUCUGCGAAACAUACGCCAGACGGUUCGUCAGGCAAACGAGGUCGAAGAGAAGGGUGAAACAGAGCGUGCUGCGCUGCUGCAGAUCCGUAUUUUGCAGCUAAUCUGCAAGACGCUACCCACUCAUCCAGAGUACGAACUCGCUGAAAACCAAUCCGUAGUGAAGGAGAUGAGAAGCAUUGCACACACGGGUUUUGCAAAUGUGGAACGAUUAGCAAACCUGUUGUCGGACGACAGACAUGUUGAUCAGGAGUCAGAGAAAGAGCCUGUUACUCGACGCCGCUCCAGAGCUCAGCGCAUCGAGAUUGCGACGAGUCUUUUGGAUCUCUUUGAGAAAAUUGCUGUGGAACACACGGCGAAUGGUUUGCGUACUAUUGCGGUUCUGGGAGGUCGACCUGAACCACGACAGAAUGGGGGCGACGGCACAUCUGUAAGUUGUAUAUGUAUUACCGCCUUGGUUAUCCCUUCACAGAUGCCGUCGUCGGAUAAGUCCAGAAUUCGAUACGGGGCAGAUAUUACGGAUCUACUUGACAAGAAGGGCUUGACACACAUGGGCUUUAUUGAAAUGUGCCCAGACCUAGGCCGUGUAGCUCUCACCUCUUCUGUGAUGCUUGCGCGGUUGCAGAAGAAGCAACCUAGUGCCAUUGGAGUUGUGAUCGCUCCACAAGAUACUACUAGAGUACAAGCCUUUUCAGUGAACGAGGGCUACGGUCUUGACUAUUUGCUAGCGUGUGCGGAACGGAACAUCACUCCCGCAGAAGAAGUGAUUCCUCGCGGGCAGCCAGGGAAGGGGAAACCAAUAUGGUCAAAGGCACAAGAAGUAGAGCUUAGAAACGAGAGCGAGCCAGCAUUUAAGCUUUAUGAUUUACGACCCCUAGCUGCGGCAAGAGAUGAGCACGAUCGAAAGCAACAAUUGUCUCAUCAAAAUGACGCAGAUGACAAGUUGUGA